GACUGGGGAGGAGGAACUACUAGUGGAAAAAGUUAAAGUGAAAAUGGCUUCCUUGUCUUUACAGUCUACAGAACAAUCUGAGAACAGCCCAGAGGAGCCAUCGGCAACGGAAUCCAAAGAAGACAGAGACCCCGUCCAGGUUUCGGAGCAAUUACUCCAAAGUUUCCAAAAGUCGGCUCUGAGUUUUUCCACAGACCAAGUUUCGUGUCUCUGCGAGGCCCUUCUGCAGGCGGGCAAUGUGGAUCGCCUGUGGAGAUUUCUAUCCACCAUACCUCCUUCUUCCGAGCUGCUACGUGGCAACGAGACCCUGCUCAAGGCCCAGGCACUGGUGGCUUUCCACCGGGAGGAAUUCAAGGAGCUCUACGCGAUCCUGGAGAGCCACGACUUCCACCCGUCCAACCACGGGUUCCUGCAGGACCUCUACCUCAAAGCCCGCUACAAGGAGGCGGAGAGGUCCCGGGGCCGCAGCCUGGGCGCAGUGGACAAGUACCGACUCCGGAAAAAGUUCCCGCUGCCCAAAACCAUCUGGGACGGAGAGGAGACCGUGUACUGCUUCAAAGAGAAGUCGCGCAACGCCUUGAAGGAAUGCUACAAGAGCAACAGGUACCCCACUCCGGACGAGAAGAAAAACCUGGCCAAAGUCACCGGGCUGUCCCUCACGCAGGUCAGCAACUGGUUCAAGAACCGCAGGCAGAGGGACAGGACCCCGUCCGGGACCCACAGCAAAAGUGAGUCUGACGGGAACCACAGCUCAGACGAUGAGGCCAGCGCCAUGGACGACACCCCCGACAAGCCGGAAGACGCCGCCGGCUCCACGGCCUCCGUCAUCUCCGUCUCGGCGCUCCCCUGCAACCCGGGGGGCCAGCUCAUCCUCAACGGCUCCGCCGGCUUCCUGGCGGCCUCCCAGCCGCUGCUCCUCAACGGGAACUCGCUGCUCUCGGGCGCCGGGGCUGGCGUCAUCAUCAACGGCCUCAGCUUGACCGACUGCCAGACGGUCACGCUGAGCCCCGUGGCCGCAAACCCUUCCCUGAUCCUGAACGGGGCUCAGGUGAUAGCCAAACACGCCGUUGCGGCGCCCGGGGCCGAGCGGGAGGUUUCGGAGGCCAAGCCCGCCGGCGUGCCCGUUUCCAGCCCCUCCGCCGCCGUCGCCCCGUCGCUGCGCACCAAAACGGAGCGCGGCGACGACGUGGACUUCUUCAUCGUCUCCAAAUCGGAGGGUGGCGGUCAGACGGUGUCCCCGCCCUCGCCCACGCACGCCUCGCCCACCAGUCUGCCGUCGCUGGUGCUGACGCAGAACCCGCAGCACCAGGAGGCCCUCGCCCUCCCGGCCUCGCUCUCCUCGGCGGGCAUGAUCAUCUCCAGCUCGGCCGGGUCGCUCUGCGGCCAGCACCCGGCCUACGUGAGCGUCGCCCCCUCGGCCGGCUCUGCCCCGCAGGUCAUCUCCUUGCCCCAGGUGGUGCCCUCCGUCCAGGGCGCGCCGGGGUCCCACCUGGUCCAGACGCCGACCUCCCAGUGCCCUCAGCUGGUGCCCGUGUCUCCGCUGGCCCCCCGCUUCCAAAGCCCCCAGACUCUCAGCGCGGGCGGCAGGCCGGCGCCCCCGCCAGAGGCCUCCGCCGCCGUGUCGGAAUGCGCCACCACCAUAGUCUCCAUCUCGCAGCUGAACAACGCUCACCUCCCACAGCCGGCGAUGCACCAGGGGGGGGAUCAGAGCACAAACUCUACGGCCUCCCCUGUGGUGUCCGUGUCCUCCCCGGCUCAAGCCGCUCCUCAGGCCAAAGGCAGCUCCCCGGCGCAGAUGGUCCCCCUGUCCAUGCCCCAGCUGGUCCCCGUCUCCUCCAUCCAGACCUCCUCCAGCAUCUCGUUCCCCCAAGUGGUGCCCGCCAGCCCGUCCCUCUCCAUCCCCUCGGCGGGGGUGCCCCUGCAGAUCCUGACCUCGGCGGCCGGGGGCGUCCAGCAGAGCCCCCUCAGGAUCAACCAGCUGAGGCCCAUUCAGACCGUGGGAACUCCCACCGGCGCGGCCGCCCCCACCGUGCAGCUCCUGAAUCCGGGGAUCAUUCAGCUGCCCUCCGCCGCCCCAGGAAACCUCCUCCUGGGUGGAAGCCCUUACCUGAGUGUGCAGCAGGGAAAGCUGAUCUUGACCAUCCCAGCGGGCAUCCAGCUCACCAGCGUGCCCCUGAAACCGGUCCCAGAUGCUUCGCCCGUCCUUUCCAAUGGAAUGACUCCACUUCUCAGCCCCCCCACCCCCCCCGUGGCCGCCCAGCCCGCGGCGGCUCCGGGCUCCGCCUCGGCCGGCCUGACCACGUCCCCUCUGAACUUUAUCAACUCGUCCCCGCUGUACUGCACCCCGGAAACGGUGACCGCUGCCGGCGGCCAGGCGCCCGCCGUGGCCCCCGCCGCCCACGGCCUGGACCAGUCGGCGCCCCCCACCACGCUGGGCAUGCUCACCCCGGAGAGCAUGCUCACCCUCAGUCCCAUGUACAGCGGCGUGGCCCCCAGCGUCCAGCUGUCCCAGCCGGCCUGGAGCCCCGUGCCCCUGUCCACCUCGGCCAGCCUGACUCUGUUCGACGUGCGCGGCGGUAAGGGCGACCUGCCCGUGGACCCGGCUCUGUUGGGCCUGCCCGGGGGGGAGUCGCUGCUCCUGGCCAGUCCCUCUCCGGAUCGGGGCGAGGAAGCCGACUCGCCGCUGGGCGACCCGGAGGAGAUGGACGGCGACUCGAAAAUCCUCACCCAGCUCCAGUCUGUCCCUGUGGAUGAAGAGCUGGGCUUAGAAGCCGUGAGAAAGGUGCCUCCACUCACGUCUCAGGACCCUGCAGACAUCACGGCGAUGAUCUUCACGGCGGAGCAGGUCAUCUGCGUUUGCGAGGUCCUUCUGCAGGGCGGCUACAUGGACCGUCUCGCCGGCUUCCUCCGCACUCUUCCUCCCUCGUCCCCCACCUCGGCCUCAUGCCUCGGGGAGCUGGAGAGCGUGCUGAAAGCCAAAGCGGCGGUGGCCUUUCACCAGGGGCGCUUCUCGGACCUCUACGCCCUGCUGGAGGGCUUCCACUUCUCCCCCCGCAGCCACCCCUUCCUGCAGCAGCUGUGGCUGCGAGCCCACUACGUGGAGGCCGAGAGGCAGAGGGGCCGGCCCCUGGGGGCUGUGGGGAAGUACCGCGUGAGACGGAAGUUUCCCCUGCCGCACACCAUCUGGGAUGGAGAGGAGACCAGUUACUGCUUCAAGGAGAAGUCUCGGAGUAUACUCAGGGACUGGUACCAUCGUCAGCCGUACCCCUCCACCCGGGAGAAGCGGGAGCUGGCGGAGGCCACCGGACUCACGGCCACCCAGGUCAGCAACUGGUUCAAGAACCGCCGGCAGAGAGACCGGGCCACGGACGUCGCCAGCUUUCAAACGCAAAUCCCUGGAGGAGCCUCAGAAUUCUACCUGUCUUCUGACAAUGAUGUUUCUCCUCAAGCCAGCCCUCGCUCCCACCAGCAGCGCCGCCCUACCCCUCCGCCCCUCUUCCACCCACCGCUUCUCCACACAUCAGGAGGUCAUCCACACAUCUAA